GCGACGAGGAAUGUGAAAGACCUUGCAAAGAGCUUUCCAAAGCUGCUGCGAAAACUGGUUGCCGUCUGUGCUCUUACGUUGGCUGACUGAGGACUCUGAAUCCGCUGGAGAGCGUGGAUCUGCCCGUCCUGGACAAGCUCUCUUUGCAAUGAGUCGGUUCGCUCCAUCCACCGACGGCAACAGCGAUGCAUCAUCCACACGAGCACUCUGGUGAGCGGCGCACAUUGUAAAGGCAAGGCGCCUACAUCUUUCUCGUUCAGGGUGUCAAUGCAGGGCACGGCUGCCGGCCGGGCGCUCUACGCCCUCUACGGCGCCACAGAGAAGCCCAAUAUCGACUACCCCGUCCUCAAGAAGAACACACAAGACGUUACUCUCAAGCUACACCCUCCACCGAACAAGCCCAUCAAGCCCUGCCCGCAGCGGACAUCCAUUUCGGUGCCCAAGGUCGGCCGCGGCGGGCGCGCGCGCGACGAUGGUGACGAAGAUGAGAUGUGGCCGGGCCUCGUCAGGCCGGCCAAGAAGACACUUGCAGACAUCAUGAAGGAGACCAAGGGCUACAAGAUGUACGAGAAGGCUGGUUACGUCACACACGGGCCGGUCGUCAGCAGAGACGACCUCAAGGACGAGGUGGCCAGGAGGUUCCAAUUUCAGAGGUGUCAGGUCUUGCCGCAGAAGGCCACGCUGCCACAGGCACCCGACUGUGUGCCCCGACCCAAGACACUGAGGGAGAUACAGCAGGAGCAGAUAGUCGAGGCUGGCGUGCCCAAAGCCACUAGCCUGACGGAAGAAGAGGAGCAGCUGUUCGAACAGCUGGUGGAUGAGAUACAUGAGAGGCACUUGGCUCUGCAAGAGGUGGCCCAGCGGAAUAUCGACAUUCAAGAGCAUCUCCGGCAGCUCCACGGCCCACCAAAAGACGCCACCAAAGCGGCGCACAAGACCCGCGGUGCUCAUGGGGCCGCGCUGGCGGCCAAAAGGCGGAAUCUGUCCUCUUCUAUCUUCCAUACCGACGCCAGCCUGGUGGCAGCACAGAACAAGCUCUGCUCAACCACAACCACCAUUGACACACAUGAAGGCCCCACUGUAGCACACGAUGAGACUUCAGAGAAGGGCGAGGACAUCAAGACGGAGACGGCUGCUCAAAUGAGCGCAGAAGAAAGCCACCACGACAUCCGUCCUCUUGACCUUAGUGCCGCUCUAGCCAGUGAGACACCACCGGCUGCGGCAGCCACAGGAAGACAUUUCCCGCCAGCAGCCUUCACACACAAGGGUCGAGCGGCUUUGACGAGGUCUUUGCUGGAGGAGACACGGCUCAAGAAUGAGCUGCAGCAGCGGAUCAAGGACCUCGAGAGGUUUGUCAGGAUAACUGACGACGAUACUGACAGCCAUUGUGAUGAUGUCGGUGUUGGUGCGGGUGGGGCAGGGGAACAGAGAGAAAGGGAAAGUGGUUGAUCGAUGAGUGCAUGUUGAUUGUUGUUCAACGGGACCGUCACAUUCAUGAAUGGAGUCAAUAUCAACGAAUGGAACAAAGGCCGGCCCAUCCAUCCAUCCAUCCAUGUGUAC